UGUUGCUUGCUCUGCAGACCGGGGCCGUGUUCUGGCUCCCUCCAAGCCUCAAGAUGUCCUUCAGAGCUGCCUGGAGCUUGACCCUGAGGAAAGGGGGCCUUGGAAUUCGAGGGAUCCACACCCCAGGAAGUACCGCCCACGGCAAGGAGAAGAUGCCCCCCUACACUAACUACCAUGCCCAGCGCUCCUACCCCAUGCCCGACGAGCCCUUCUGCAUGGAACUCAAUGCGGAGCAGCAGGCCCUCAAGGAGAAGGAGAAGGGCAGCUGGACCCAGCUGAGCCACGCCGAGAAGGUGGCCUUGUACCGGCUCCAGUUCCAUGAGACCUUCGCAGAGAUGAACCGUCGUUCCAACGAGUGGAAGACAGUGAUGGGCUGUGUCUUUUUCUUCUGUGGAUUCACAGGUCUGCUGAUUUGGUGGCAGCGGGUCUAUGUGUUUCCAAAGAAACCCAUCACCCUGACGGAUGAGUGGAAGGCCCAGCAGCUCCAGCGCACCCUGGACAUGAAGGGCAACCCCGUGCAAGGCCUGGCCUCCCAGUGGGACUAUGAGAGGAAGGAGUGGAAGAAGUGACAUGGAAGCCCGGUGGCUCCCCCUGCAGCUCCACCAUCGUCCAGAGCCUAUGGAAGCCCCUCCCCUCC